AUGGACCAAAUCCUAGAAGACAGCGUCGUCGUCUGGAGCAGAGAGCUAGACAACCGCUUAGGCACAGGCGACGAUUUCCACCUCGAAGACUUCUACGUCGAACCCGUCUCCGACUCCCGCUAUGGAUCGCAGGUGGAGAUCCUCUCUUCGUUCACGGAGCUGCACGACGGCUCCGUCCGGAAGCAGGACCCCGAAAAGAGAGAGAUUCAACUGGCUACUCUGGAUCUCCAGUAUGGGUGGCGUCUUUGGCUCAACGUUGGAUGCCUCGAGACAACAAUCAUAGCUACGUCUUUAGUGUCUAUAGCGUCGGAUCUGGGGGGCUUCAACAAAUCGAACUGGGUGGUCACGUCGUAUCUUUUAACAUAUACAGGGUUUCUGAUCAUCUUCGCCAGGAUCAGUGACUUGUUCGGCCGCAAGGGCACAGUUCUCGUAUCUUUAACAGUAUUCACCCUCUUCUCCUUGGCCUGUGGCGUGUCCCAGACCAUGGAACAGCUGAUCGUUUUCCGAGCAUUCCAGGGCAUGGGGGGCGCUGGGCUGUACAGCAUGGCCGUAUCCGUCAUCACCGAAAUCACGCCUCUGAAGUACAUCGGCAUUUCCUCUGGGUUGAUGGGCUCAAUCUUCGCCAUGUCGAGCCUGCUGGGCCCCAAUCUUGGCGGCGCCAUCACGCAGCAUAGCACCUGGCGUUGGGUCUUCUAUCUCAAGUAG